CAGCACAGAAGAAGAAGAAGUAGGUAUUACUGCUACUAUUACUGCUGAUGUCACAGCAGAUUGAAGACGAAGACUCUAAAAACUCAGCAAUGCUUUGGUUUGAGGGAUCGAUUCCUGAGGCUAUAAACUCUGCCAAACAGCGCAGCCUGGUCUUCGUGGUUGUCAUCGCAGGGGAUGAUGAACAGUCUAAGCAGCUGAUGUCCAGCUGGGAAGAUGUUAGUGUCUCACAGGCCGCCCAGAACUGCUGUGUGGCCAUCAAAGUUGAUGCCAAGAGUGAUACCUGUGUCCAGUUUUCCCAGAUCUAUCCCGUAGUAUGCGUACCCUCUAGCUUCUUUAUAGGAGUGAGUGGGAUUCCUCUUGAGGUCAUCGCUGGAAGCGUGUCUCCUGAUGAACUGAUGAAGAGAAUCAACAAAGCUCAGAAGCUGCACCAUCAAGAAAUUGGAGGUACUGCUGCUGCAGAAGCACCUGAUUCUUUUGUCAACACACAGCCAUCUGACAACGCCACCAGAGAGCCUACCUCACCUGCAGAAGGACCCAUUGGGUUAAAAACCGUGCAUGACAAACCAGGUGAUGCACCAGCAACAAAAGGGUCACUUUCAAGUUCAGCAGAUGAAGAAGGUGUUUCAGGUGCAAAGCCUUCCACAGAGAGCUCACCUUUCUGCCAGACUACUGUUUCUGAAAAUGAAAACCUGAAUUCAAAGGUAGAAAGAUUGACCAAGAAACUGGAAGAUAGACAAGAGCAAAAGAAGAGAGAACAAAAAGAAAAUGAAAUCAAAAAGGAGGUUGAGCGCAGGAAGAUGGGGAAGCAGAACCAAGAAUUUAAAAGGAAACAGGAUGUGGAGAAAACCAAGCAACUCUUGGAAGAAAGGAACAGAGAAAAGGCAGAAGAGAAGGCUGCCAGGGAACGUGUUAAGCAGCAAAUCGCCAUGGACAGAGCUGAAAGAGCUGCCAGUUAUGCCAAGAUGCAGCAGGAUGAGAAGGUUGCCAAGCAGAACCUUUUACAGGCCAAACAGGCAGACCAGGAGGCGAGGAGGGAGGCCGUGAUCAGAGAGAGGAGCACCAUUUCGAGGAUACAGUUUCGACUUCCAGAUGGUUCUUCCUUCACCAACCAGUUUCCCUCACAAUCUAGACUCCAGGAGGCUUGGAACUUUGCUUACCAGGAAAUAGGGAAUCGUUAUGGGAACUUCUCAUUAGCAACCAUGUAUCCUCGGCGAGAGUUCUCCAGUGAAGACCUGAACAGAACCUUGCUGGAGCUGGAAUUGGUCCCAAGUGCUUCCAUUGUUCUUCUCCCAUCUCGAAGGCCUGCUAGCUCUGUUACCCCGUCUUCUGGAUUUGGCAUUUGGGCCGUUCUGGGUACAGUCUUUUACCCUCUGCUUGCUGUAUGGAGGUUUCUCAGCUCCUUUCUCUUUGCAACACCUUAUUCAGCAUCAGCAUCCAGAGGGCAGGCGGACCGUAAUGCCUCAAACUCCUCCCCUAACCAAGCUAAGAGAGAAAUUCCCACCAAGCAAAAUUUGGAGAUGCGGCCUAAAGACUUCAAGAAAGAAGGUAAAAUCUGCAGACUGCGGACAGAGGAGGAUGAAGAUGAAGACAACAAUACCUGGAAUGGGAACUCCACCCAACAGAUGUAGUACUCCAACCCCUUGGUUUGGAUUUUACUUGAUGUAUUUUCUUUCUUUUUCCUUACUCUGCUUUCUCCAUCUUAAGUACUUUUGGUCCUGCACUUUGUCUGCAUGUUAACAUAAAAAUGGUAAAUUUAGUCCUAUCUGAGCUUAGGACCACUGAAGAAGUCCUAAAUAUAACAUGGUUGAAUGGUUAUUGUUUUGAUUGUGUGAGGCCAAUCAUUUUGUCGCCGUUUCUGAUUUUGUUCCCAUUACUGAUUAAACUAAUUAAAGUCUGGUUUA